CCUCAUUAACUUCGACACUUAUUUCACCUCACCGCAGGAAUCGCAGGAGACCUUCCUUUCACGAACAACUGAAGAACUCUCACUCACAUACUCAAUCUAACCCACAAGCACAAUGUCUCGUCAUCACCCAGAUCUCGUCAUGUGCCGCAAACAAGCCGGAAUCUCCAUCGGACGCCUCUGCGACAAAUGCGACGGAAAAUGCCCCGUAUGCGACUCCUACGUCCGCCCGACCACCCUCGCGCGCAUCUGCGAUGAAUGCUCCUUCGGCAACUACCAAAACAAGUGCGUUGUCUGCGGUGGCGAGGGCAUAUCUGACGCCUUCUACUGCUUCGAAUGCACAAGGUUGGAGAAGGACCGCGACGGCUGCCCGAAGAUUAUCAAUCUGGGUUCCUCGAGAACGGAUCUGUUCUACCAGAAGAAGAAUUUUAGGAACCAUUAGUGAGGGACAUGUGGGCUUCCUAUGAUAUGGAAUGCACAAUUUGAGGCUGGAGGCUGCCAUGUUCUACAAUGGGAGGAUCCGGUCGAUUUACCAUUUUACUGAGGAGUCAAACGAAGGUUAAAGAUGGAGGCUUAGAAAUCAGAUGGCCAAAGGAAAGAAGAGAGUCAGUACAUGAAGACGGAUCGAUAUCAUGGCCGCAUGGUCAGGCACCUAUACAAAGGGCAUACUCCCAGAGAGUGGCAAGAUGGGGUAAAAUCAGCAAAUGAGGCGAAAGGAGUCAACAUUACCACCCAGUGAGCAUUUUCGGAUAAGAAUAAUAGCGAUUAGACAUGGUUCACUUUGCUGGUGGAAAGACAAGGUCUGCAGGUACAUUGCAGACAAAGCAUCUUGCUCGGUGAAAAUUGAGAUGACUCGGUCAUAUGUUUCCCUAGUAUUGUAAAUGUAACGUUUGAUACCCUAUAAUACCAUAAUUUCACGUUCUAAACA